AUGAACAUGCAGCACACAACCAUGAAUCGUCUCUCCCUCGUCUGCGACCUUCCCGCCUUCCCCAACCACGAUCCGUGCAACAACAACCCACCUCCCUCCUACGCCGAAAGCCAGCGCACCAGCAACGGCGGCGUCGUCACCCUCACUUUCCGCCCCGACAUGCACACGCCGCAGUACGAAGCCACCUCCGGCCCUUCAUCCUCCUCCGUCCACCAGUUCACCUCCUCCGCCGUCCCGUGGCACGCCGAGCUCACCAUCCACACCGCCCACCUCGCCGCCCUCUUCGCCCACGGCCUGCACUGGUCCUGCGCCAACAUGACCUCGACGCGCUUCCUCGUCCGCAACGGCCGCGCGACCUUCAAGAGCGACAUGGUCCGGGACGCGGGGUACCAGCACUGCAUCGUGUUUCCGCUGGCCGACGACGCCGCGCCCGCGCAGUGGAACGGCACGCUGUCUGUGUACGCCAACGACGUGGCCGCGCUGCGUGCCUUUCGGCCGGAGACGCUGUCGAAGGACCAUGUUCGCUUUGCCGCCGUGCGAGAUGCGGCGGAGCGGCAGGUGUAUCGUUUUGACCGCUCUGGGGUUCUGGGCAACUUUAGCACGUUGACAGGCACACAGCCGUUGGCGGGCUGGUGGCCGUGGCCCAAGGCGGGUAAGUAG